AAAAGCUUUCAACCGUUCUUUGUCCCAACUUACACUGCUGAAGUAAUCACCUUCUCCACUGUUUUUUUGUUUCUCUGCUGCAAAUUUUUAGCUUUCAACCCUAAAAAUGCAAGCCAGAACUCUCUUUCAUCCCCCUCUGCAAAACCCCAAUCUUAAACCAUUCUCUUGCUAUUUUUCAGCUUUCUCCAACAAACCACCACCACCGUCUCUUUUUUUACCUCGAUCUCACCUUUCUUAUUUCCCUUCUAAAAACCGUCUUAACUUUUUCAUUAGAAACUGCAUUGCUCCUAGCCAAGAACCAUCCCGUUUCAGCACUGAAAUUGCAAAACAGAUUGAUGGUUUUGAAAAUACUAUCUCUUCGAAUUCAAUGUACAACCAAGAAGAUGAAAAAGAAGUGAAAAGAUUGGAAAACCAGAGUUUAUGGAGGCAAACAAAGGAAAUAAUGAUGUUCAGUGGACCAGCGACUGGUCUUUGGAUUUGCCGGCCAUUGAUGAGUCUCAUUGAUACUGCGGUCAUUGGUCAGGGAAGCUUAAUUGAGCUUGCUGCUUUAGGUCCUGGAACUGUUCUUUGCGAAAAUAUGAGUUAUGUAUUUACGUUCCUUUCUGUUGCAACAUCAAAUAUGGUUGCCACUUCCCUUGCCCGAGAGGAUAAAGAUGAAGUGCAGCAUCAAAUAUCUGUCUUACUUUUUGCUGGUCUUGCCGGUGGCUUCUUCAUGCUUUUCUUUACAAAGUUUUUUGGUUCAUGGGCACUAACGGCUUUUACAGGGCCGACUAAUGCACAUAUUGUACCAGCAGCAAACACAUAUGUUCAGAUUCGUGGCUUGGCAUGGCCUGCAGUUCUUGUUGGAUGGGUUGCACAAGGUGCGAGUCUUGGCAUGAAAGAUUCUUGGGGACCUUUGAAGGCCUUGGCUGUUGCUAGUGCUUUAAAUGGAGUUGGGGACAUAGUACUGUGCAGCUUAUUAGGCUAUGGUAUAGCUGGUGCUGCUUGGGCGAUGAUGGUUUCGCAAGUUGUUGCUGCUUACAUGAUGAUCAAUUCUUUAAACAAGAAAGGAUAUAAUGCAUUUGCCAUCUCCAUUCCAUCAACCAAUGACCUUCUAACAAUUUAUUGGCUUGCAGGCCCAGUGUUUGUAAUGAUGAUGGCAAAGGUAGCUUUCUAUUCUCUCAUUAUCUAUUUUGCUACAAAUAUGGGAACAAACACUCUAGCUGCACAUCAGAUCAUGAUUCAAACCUACUGCAUGUGCGCGGUAUGCGGUGAGCCUCUCUCCCAAACUGCACAAUCAUUUAUGCCAGAAUUGCUAUACGGAAUCAACAAAAAUUUACCAAAGGCUCGAAUGCUGCUAAAGUCACUUGUCACAAUCGGAGCUAGCCUAGGAUUGCUAUUGGGUAUAGUUGGAACAUCAGUUCCUUGGUUGUUUCCCAAUAUCUUCACAUCUGACCAGAAUGUCAUACAGGAGAUGCACAAAGUACUAGCACCAUACUUUAUUGCACUGGCUGUGACACCAGCCACUCACAGCCUUGAGGGGACAUUGUUGGCAGGGCGAGAACUUAAAUUUGUUAGCUUAUCAAUGAGUGGAUGCUUCUCUUUGGGUGCUAUUGUAUUACUGCUGGUGAGUGGCAGAGGAUAUGGCUUGCCAGGUUGCUGGUAUGCACUCGUAGGAUUUCAAUGGGCUCGAUUUUUCCUCUCUCUUCAACGCCUUCUUUCACCACAUGGCAUACUUCACUCUGAAGAUCAUUUGAACAAAUAUAAACAGGAGAAGCUAAAACCUGUUUAGCAAAUCAUUUUUAUGAUAUUAGUUUUCUUAUAGUUGACUG